AUGCCAAUUCAACAUUUAAAUCGAGAUGUUGUUAACCAUUCGCCGACACCAUCGACACCAACAACAACCACAACGACAACAACAAGCGGUAGUGAAUACAAAGUACUUAUUGCUAUAACAGUUCCUACACGUCAUUGGAAGUAUGUGUUCAAAGUACGCACAGACAUAUUGAUUGGUGAAUUGAGGAAACAAUCGAUUGAGACAUACAACCUACGGGAGAGUGAUUUCAUCAAUCAUGGUUUAUACUUACCACCAGAAGGUGGAAAGAAAGGCAAAUUCCUACAAGAUGAAAGAACAAUAUCUGAUUAUCCGCAAUUAGUAGCUACUAAGUUAUUCGAUGGAAAUGAUGGGGAAUGUGUAGUGCACGAAACAGAAACGAACCAGGGUGAAAACACGAAUGGGAGUAAAUCUAAGGAUCCAGUAUUAUUAGAGCUGUUGCCGAAGGUUCGAUUUGUUGAAGAAUAUCGUACAGAAGGAAGUAAACCAACUAAACGAAUUCAAUCGAAACACUACCAGAAACGCCUAUUAUCUGCAAUUAAACGAAAUGAUAUUCCACGGGUAACAGAUCUUCUCAAUCAAGGUUUGGAUCCAAAUUUUCAAUAUCCUUCAAAUGGAGUCACACCGUUGGGAUGUGCUGCAGAGUUAUCUGACCCCCGCGAAAUCAUUUUACAGCUGGUCAAUUGUGGUGCACAUGUAGACUAUCGGGAUUCUGAUACAAUGACAGCAUUGCACAGGGCAGCUAUCUGUGGAAAUUUAAAAGCAAUCGAGGUUUUUCUAGAACUUGGACAAAAUCCCAAUGUACGUGAUAAUCAAGGUCUAACGCCGUUGUAUUAUGCCUGUUCUGAAGAUAUUCAUCCGGAUUGUAUUAAACGCCUGCUAUAUGAUCAUGCAAUUCUUGGUGUAACAGACGAUAAGGGUAGACAAGAAAUUCAUCAGGCUUGUUUAAAUGGUCGAAGUGGAACAUUGGAACAGCUGAUCAUUUAUGGAGCGGAUUUAAACGCUCAAGUAGAAAAUCACAAUACACCGAUACAUUUAUGUGUAUUAGCUGAUGAACCUGAAUGCUUGAAAUUAUUACUACGUUGUGGUGCAUCACCGACAAUUGUCAAUUCAUCAGGUCAAACACCCUAUGAAUUAGCUGUACUUAUUGAGCGAAUGCAUUUGGCUUUGAUUUUACAAACUUUCGAUGAAAAGCAAAUCGAAGGGGUGGGCAAAACACCAGUAUAUAACAAAGACAGACGACCAACAAUUCAUGGACCACGUGCUGUUUUUGAAUAUUUAAAUUUUGCCAACAAUGUCAAUACUAAUCCUGCUACUGCUAAUACGCUGAAUAAACUACGUAAAUCGAUAUCAGUCGAUGGAAAACUACCUGAAGUCAACUAUCGUCGAUGUUUAUCCUUUGAUCCAGAUUGUCUUAGUAAACAAGCCUCACCGAUACUGAACGGCAAAUUGACAUUCACUGGAAAGAAUAAUGAUAUUCAGUCGCCUGGAGUUAAACCCCUAUUGCCAAUCAAAACAUCGACAAUAAAUAACAAUAAUAAUGGUAAUAAUAAUCGCUCUGGACAAGUUGUUUAUUCCCGUAGUAAUUCCGUUGGUGUCCCGCUGAACCUCAGGAAGAUCAAUCAGCUCAGACAAAACUUUCCCAAUAUUCGUAUACGUUCUGUCACUUUAGAACGUGGUACAUCUGGUUAUGGUUUCGUUAUGCAAGGAACAGAUAACUUUAAAGAAAGAUUUAAUACCUCUUUGGUUUUACCAACUCAGCGUAUUAUGAGUGUUCAACCGGAUAGUAAAGCUGAAAAAGCAGGACUUCUACCGGGUGAUUACUUCAUUGAGAUCAAUGGUAUCGAUGUCUACGACUCUCCGCAUACACAAGUUGUCGAUUUGAUUUCAUCAACACGUGAUAUGCUGACAUUGAAAAUUGUUAACUUUAUCGAUACAAACGACGUCACAUCGAGUAAUACAAAUGGCAGUAGCCAUAGCAAUGGCGAUGGUAACAACAUACACAACAAUAGCAUUAGCAGUAGUAACAGUAGUGGAACUCCUCCUGUGAUGAAUUCUAAUAGCAGCAGUGGCAGUGGCAGUGGCAGCAAACACAGUCGGACAAGUUUUAUCCGCGCUGACCUUAGACGUCGAAAUACGCAUCGAUCGCUUAGUUUUCACACAGCUGCAUAUAGUCGACGAGCGACUAUCAGUGACUGUAGUAAUAAUGGUAAUAGUAAUAGUAAUGAGGAACCAAUUAUCAAUACUAACAUUGUCACCAAUACUACUAACAACAACACCGUUAUCAGUAGUAUCAGUGUCAUCAAAAGUACAAAUGAUGACCAUAGGAAUGAGAAAUUAAUGGCAACUAAAUCAGAAAAACAACUUUAUCGUCCAUAUAAUCAUACUACUAUCAAUAAUAAUAAUAAUACCAGUAACGCUCCGCAUAGUCGGUUAAUUCGAGCCAUGAACACAGGGAUCAGUAAUAAUAAUAACAAUAAUAAUACUUCCACCAAGAAGUUCACAUCAUCUCUACUAAUUAUCAAGGAUGAAGGUGAACCAAUUCAUCAAGAUGGUAACAAAACAACACCAGAUUCACCACCAGCAUCGUCUUCUUCACCAUACAGACGAAGGCUUAUCAGUACUUCUGAUAUUACUGACAAUAAUACUAAUAAUAAUAUUAAUAGUAAUAAUGGUCAUGACAGUAGAUCUGGCGGUAAUGACAAACUACAACGAGCUUUAUCUGAAACACGAAGUAUUCUAGUAUCAAGAUUAUAUCGUCAACAGGAAGAAGCCAACGAUAGGCAAGCUGAGAAGGACAACACCGUGGGAGAAGAUAAAAAGUCAUGUCAAAAGCCAGAAACACAACAAUCAACCACAAUCAUUUUGUAUAGUCAAAGUAUUAAAAGAGAUGAAGAACACGAGGUCAGUUCAUCACUGUCAACAUCAUUCACUUCAUCAUCAGUGUCAUCAGGAUCAUCAAUAGUGUCUGGUCUACCUCCAUUGUAUUCAUCAUCAAUAGGCGGAGGACGUCAACAGUUGGAAAGUAAGACAAAACAUGCUGAAAAUACGCAUACUACCACGAGUACUACUAUUUAUGAUUUCAGUAAUAUGGCUAUUAAUAAUAAAAAUAAUAAGAAUGAUCAUCAAACGAAUGGAAAUAAUGGUCGAGCAGAUUUUCAUUAUGAACAUCGUGGAGAGUAUCAUAGUCAACCGACAACUGAGAAAUGUGAUUCGUCAUGGGAUUCAUCAGAAUCCGAUGAUAUAGGGAAUAUUUCAGAGAUAACUGAAAUAUCUGAGAAUUCCUUGAAGCCCAAUAAUAAAUACACAAUAAAUAUUAAUAAUAAUAAUAAUAAUAAUAAUGGGCAUAAUGUUGAAGAAAAUACUCAAAGAUGUAUAGAUAGACAAGCCACAGUUGGACAAGUUGACAAGGCAAGAAUGCCUAAGCCACCGCUACCUCCUCUAUCACUUACAAACAAUAAACUGACUGGAAAGAAGCCAAUGGAAGGGAUCGAGAAGUCAACGGGAAAACGUAACAUAAAGAAUGAUAUCUGUAAUGGAAAUAAUGACAAUGAAAGUAAUAGUAAUAAUAACAAUAAUAAUGAUAAUAGCCAAUCUAACGACAGUAUGUCGUCUGAAGAACAAACAAUUCAAAUUGAUCAGUCUAAAAUGAAUGGUCAUAAUAAUAAUAAUCACAAUAAUAAUAAUGAUGACGAUGAAUUAGGUGUGUGCUUAAUCUAA